AUGCUUCGAGCAAUCACCCAGCAACGACGUACCUUAUUCUCUUCCUCUCGUGUCUCCAAGCAGUUUGUUGUCAUUGCUCGUGAUUUUGACGAUGCGAAUGCGCUUGAGCGACGACUUGCUGUGCGUGAGAAACAUUUGAACCGGAUCAAGCCCAAGGUGGAUGAAGGUCGCGUUCUUUGUGGUGGCGGUAUCUUGGAUUCGCAUGAGAGCGGCAAGAUGGUUGGCAGCUGCUUGAUCAUUGAAGCUGAUUCAAAGGAGCAAGUGCAACACCUUCUAGAAAAUGACCCCUAUGUCGAAGGAAAGGUGUGGAAGGAUUGGGAUAUUUAUCCUUUCAAAUGUGGUGUUGGCAAGGUGGGCAAGUAA